GUUUUAUUUGCAUGCCGCUUUCGAUUUGCAUGUGUCCAACGGUCAUUAUUUGUUUGAAAAUAAUUUUGAUAAAAGCGCCAUCUGUGUUUGAGAGUUUGCGUUACGUUAAAGCGACGCGUGUCGCCAUCUAGUGGUCACGCAGGUGCAGUGCCCGCCGCCGGAGGCGCCGCGCCACGGGAAGGCGGUGUAUACUUCCUGCGCCUACAACUCGGUGGUGUCAUACGAGUGCAAAUAUGGAUACAGACUGGUGGGAGACGCUACAAGGCGCUGCGGUGCCGAUAAGAAGUGGUCGGGGACUCAACCUUUGUGCAAAGAAAUCAACUGCGGACAUCCCGGCCAGCUCUGGAACGGUUGGCUGGAGAACAUCUCCUCGGGAACCGGACUUGGAGCAUCCAUCAUCUUCCGAUGCCAGGACGGGAUGAAGAUGGAGGGAAACGGGUCUGCGAUCUGCCAGAAUGACGGGACUUGGAGUCAUCCGCUGCCUCAGUGUUUAGCACCGUGCGUAGUUCCCCACGUCUCCCAAGGCCGAAUCCGUCUAGUAGAAAACAAAACAGGCGAGAACGAAACUCAAGAGGAGAACACCCAGAUCGUCGGCAGUUCGUCCAUGGUGCAACACGGGGAGAUUAUCCUGGUGGACUGUGAGCAGAACUAUGAGUUCCCGUCGAAUAAUGCGGCUGUGACGUGCAAUAAUGGCACUUGGACUCAGAUACCUAGAUGUAGUCCUGCGAGAUGUAAGAAAAUGCCUCGCUUCCCCCGCAACGGUAUGGUUAUCGCCCCUAAGACGGAACACGGUAUGAAGGCUCGGUACCGCUGUAAGGACGGCUACGAGCUGAGGGGCAACCCUAUUGUGGUCUGCUCUUUUGGGAACUGGAGUGGGGAGGCUGCUAAAUGCGAAGAAGUGUUCUGCCCUUUCCCGGGCUACAUCGAGAAUGGAAAGGUUUUGCUUGUCGGUAAUAUGGGGCUCUACGACUACAGACCCUAUGUUAAGAAGGUGGUGAACAAUAAACAGAUAAUGUACGAGUGUGACAAGGGUUACGUGCUGUCUGAGGGACCCCCUGGAGCCACGUGCGUUGGAGGCCAUUGGAGUCCCAGGGAGCUGCCCAAAUGCACUCUAUUUCAGCAUCCCCGUAUAAGAUGGAAUCGCAGACGCCGCUCCAUACCGGAAACGGAAAUACGUCACAGGCGAUCCGCCUUCCUCCGACAUUACUAUAACAACAUCCGGCGUCAAACUGAAGCUCCUGACCCAUACGUAGAUGAACUAUACAGUAAAUAUAACCAUGAUGAUCCAAAACCGACCUUAAGACACGCUAAUUUCAAAAUAUUGAAGAAAUUCGAUAUAGAAUCAGAUGGGGAUGAAAUGGAAACAGAAACUGAACAUGAGAAUGGUGAGAAUUUCCCAACUGCCGUAUACACAGUUUACAAUGUACAUGGUGAACCUAUAGGACAUAGGAUGUAUUCGUAUCAGCCUGUAUAUGAGCCUGAAGAUGAUGAAGUAAUACAAAAGGAAGACAGAUCAGAAUAUGAGGACUCCUCGGAGCUUGAGGAUGAUGAUUUGUCCCACGUUACGGUGUUGAAAGGAGGCAUGUUCCCUGAUCACCAAACAGACGGACAUGCAAAGAAGAUUAAUAUACUGAAACAUCAAUAUUUUGAACGAUACGUAGACAAACGGAGGAAGAGAUUUUUAACGCCUAAAACAAGCGAAGAAAACAGAAAAGUUAUGAAUGUAGAAUUGCAAGGUGCUGAAAGUAAUAUAGUUGAAUUAACAACGAAAAGUAUAGAUAGUUCGUCGCAUGCUAGAAUCAAACGAGAUGUGAAUACAGAAGAAGGUGAUACAGAUGCGUGGACUGCUAAUCCGGUUCAUACAGAAUUAGACAACAUUAAUGAAAUCAGUAGCCAUCUUCUCAGGGUCCUGCCUCUUGAAAUCGGAGAAAUUAAACCUCAAAAUGAGACAAGUAGCGAUAGCAAAGAAAUGGCGGUCAUACCUCUGCAAUAUAACAAUACAAAUUCAACGGAGGUUGACAAUAUCUUGGACAAGCGGGACAAGAGAACUAGUAGAAAAACUGAUCGAUUAAAUCAGACGACCGCGGCCAUUCCUAAAACAGGACGUGACGGCAAAAGCGGGAGACUGAGACAACAACACCCAGACAGUGAAGAAGGAGCGGAACAGACAGAUUCAAAAGAAACCGACGGAGCAAAGUCAGAAGGAAACGGUGAAAAGGGGAAAAAGGGACGACCAAAGAGCCCUUGUCAACCUAUCGAAAGUGAACCUUAUAUUAAUAUCGAAAUUGUCAAGUUGGGGCGUGAUCCUAAUAACACUUUCAGCUCAGGAACAAUUGUGAGAGUAGCCUGUGGCAAAGGCUACGGUCUGAACUUGGAUCUGAACGCGACAGCCAAAUGCGUUAGAGGAAGAUGGAAGCCAGACAAGCCGAAAUGCGAAAUCCUGCCCUGUCACGUGCCUUCAACGGAGUACGGUAUAUACACCAUGUCUCCGGACGCCAGCCAUACGAACGUGGGUCCGAUCCUGGGGACCCCUGGGACGAGACAUGCGGAGGAGAGGGAACUCAACGAGACAGACCCUGUCCCUAAUGGGCAGGUUGUGCAUUUCUCCUGUGAAUAUGGAUACAAUGUCCAAGGACCUACAAACCUCCGCUGUUGGUUGGGAGAAUGGGCCGUUACCAGUAUGCCUGAAUGCGUCCCAGCGCCCUGCGAACUGCCCCAACUAAACGGGGCCACAUACGAGGCAGGCUACCGAGCCGGCCUGACAGUAGCACACGCCUCAUCUGUCAACAUAGCCUGCGAAGCUGGCAGAUCACCACCAGCUACGCUCAACUGUCAUUUAGGAAGGUUGCAGCCGACUGUGCAUGAUUUUUGCAGGCCUCUAGCCAACUUGUCAAGGCCACGUCCAACGUCAGAGUUCCAGAGCGGAUCAGACAUAGUCAGAGAAGACGUGUCCGACCUCGAACCAGACUUGGAAGGGAAAGCGGUCGCGGAAUGUGGUCCACCUGCCAGGGUCCAAGGGACUCUAAUAUACCGCGAUGGUGCUGAAGUGAACGGAACUCAGAUCAUGGAAGGUUAUCCUCACGGAACGGAGAUCACCUUUAAAUGCAUAGCUUCCAUCAUGGGGGAGAAGACCACGUGGAAAUUGAUCUGUGAACAUGGCCAUUGGGUGGGGAAGAGCUUUAACUGUGAAGAAAUCGAGGCUCAAAAUGAGGAGCUCCUGAACAACAACAGCUGUACUUAUCACAAUGAAGAACCACACGUGGUGUCCUUCUUCAAUGACUUAGAAAUCACCGAGACGGUUGACUUCCCUGCAGGAUCCGUUAUAGUCUCAAGAUGCAGUGAUAUCGGCAAGUAUGCCAUGACGGGGUCACAGACUAGGAAGUGCUUGGGCAGCACUUGGGACGGCACCAAGCCCACGUGCUUCGGACUUAACCAAGAGAACGACUAUGCCAUGGAGAAGCCCCCGACGAUCCUGUUCCGCUACUCCGGCGGCCCCGUCGCGCAGACCAACGAUGGCAAACUGCUGGUCUACCCGGGAGUGUCACUCCACAUGGAGUGUCUUUGGAUGAGGAGGUUCGGGAACCCGAAGUGGAACUACACGCUUAAUAAUCCUGAAUCCGAGCGCAAGUACACAGAAGGCUGGACAACAGACCCUGGGCGGGACAGCCAGCUGGAGUACCGGCUGAGCAUCAUCAGCGCGGAGAAGGAGGAUUCAGGAGUGUACCGGUGUGAGACUCCGGCCAGGCAGUGGCACCAAGUGGAGAUUAUUGUUGAAGACGUCCACUGUCCGCCUCUUCCCAUCCGUCGCGGCCUCGUCGCCAGCGGGCAAGGCACCCGUCUCGGCACCGAGAUCCGCUUCCACUGUGCCAACGGCAACGCCUUACUGGGCGCUUCGAGUCUCGUAUGCCGAGCUUCAGGCAACUGGAGCGCUCCAUUACCAGUGUGUGAAAGCACCCGUCUCGGCACCGAGAUCCGCUUCCACUGUGCUAACGGCAACGCCUUACUGGGCGCUUCCAGUCUCGUGUGCCGAGGAUCGGGCGAUUGGAGCGCUCCAUUACCAGUGUGUGAAAGUAAGUUGAAAAGACAGACACAUUACGUUUUCGAUCUCCUACUAAUUCGUUGUGGGCUCGUCGCCAGCGACCAAGGGUGCCUUGGCACUGAUGUCCGCUUCCACUCUGCUAACGGCAAUGCCUUACUGGGUACUUCGAGUCUCGUAUGCCGAGCUUCGGGCAAUUGGCGCGCUCCGCUGCCAGUGUGCGAAAGUGUUGAAUGCGGGGAAGUAGUCCACGACACGCCCCUGCAAGAAGGCGAGCGCCGCCCCCGCGUGGCCGUCGUGUCGCGCGGCGUGGGGGGCCGCGCGGCCUUCUCCUGCCCCGCCGGCUGGGCGCUCAGCGGCGCCUCGGAGACCGUCUGCCUGCCUGCCGCCGAUUGGGCCAGGCCUUUCCCAGUUUGCAGAGAGGUGUCCUGCCCGUCUCUGCCUCCACCAGCGUCAGGCUACGUCCUCGGCCGCGCCCCCUACCGGGCCGGCGACGUGUUACAGUUCCAUUGUAAUCCCGAGCACACGCUGCAUGGCAGACCCAUACUUGUGUGUCAGGACAGCGGACGAUGGAGUGACAAGCCCCCUACGUGUGCCCAAGCCUGCACGUACCCCGGCACCACAAUUUCGGGGCGAAUGUCGUCCGUCAAGUUUUACUACAAGAUCGGGGAAACUGUCAGCUUUACCUGCGAACCGGGCUAUAGGCUGAAAGGCGCACCUAUGUUGAGGUGCCUCAAAAACAGGAAAUGGUCCAACGCCAUCCCCCUCUGCGCGCCAGCCUCCAACUACACAGACUCGCCCCUCCUCAUCGGCGACAUCGACGCCAUGUUGUCCGACUCGGCGGACAUUUUGAAAACACGCGCUACGCCCGCCAUCUUGUCGCCGGAGAGCUACAAGGCCGCCAUGACGAGGGUCGCUGCGACGAGGUUGCUUAGAAGGGCACCGAUAGAGAUAUAUAAGAAUAGGGUUAGCAGGGUUAACAGCUUGAUAAGAAGGGAUACGUUGAGAUAAUCUGGUACUCUUAUUUUUCUUCUAGUUAACACUUGACUUGUUUUUCUCUUCGUUAUCAACCGUUAGUAAAUCAGUAAAAAUAAAUAAAUAAAUAUAAUAGGACAUUAUUACACAAAUCGACUAAGUCCCACAGUAAGCUCAAUAAGGCUUGUGUUGUGGGUACUUAGACAACGAUAUAUAUAAUACAUACAUAUUUAUAAAUACUUAAAUACAUAGAAAACA